UCCACUCCCAUAGCAGAGGCCGCAUACCUCCUUAGGAUGCAGUAUAGACCUGUCCAUUGGCUGGCACAGACAUCGGUUCUUUUUCGAAACGACAACGACUCAUGAAACCGAGAGGAUAGAGGAUACAAGUCGUGUUAGACACACUCGUGUACCGAUGCGUCAUGAGGUAGGGUGUAUGUACGUGAUUUUUUCUAAAUGUUAUUUUUCAAACGAGUGAUCUCCCAAACGGAAAUACACGUGGUGUGAUGAUGAGUUGAUACGGUGCUGCGAGGAAGAAGGAUCUUGGACCGACUUUAUGAGGUGACGAUGUGGACAAUUUUGCUCUUCACACUCUCCACGUGGUCUUCGUCAUGGGGUCAGGUGAUCAACAGAGCGCCGCAUUUCGUGCAAGGUGGAGACAUGGCCAGACUGGCCGUGUCAGAAGGCACACCUCCAGGUGCACCUGUAUACACUCUUCAAGGAGAAGAUCCGGAAGGAUCCAAGUUACAUUAUUCGAUCAGUGGUGAAUACUUCACUGUAAAUCGGGACAGCGGUGUCGUUGUUUUAAGAAAGGCGCUGGACAGGGAGACCCAGGAUUUGAUUGAAGUGAUCAUCAGUAUAACGGACGAAGGGAUCGCAGGAUCAGAACCCAACACAGUAUCCCUCCGACGUGAGAUAGCUGUGUUAGAUGAGAAUGAUAAUCCACCGGUAUACCACGGCAGACCUUAUGCAGCCAGGGUGCCAGAAAGCGCACAUGUGGGUGGUCUUCUAGUUCCACCUGGUACGAUCACGAUCACAGAUCGCGAUGGUGGUGUAAACGCGGAUAUUCACGUGCAGUGUGUCUCUACGUCGCGAGACGAUGAUGUCUGCGAGGUCUUCAACGUUUCUACAGAAAAGUUGACGGAGGGAAAAUACGACGUACAGAUCACCCUGUCGAAGUCUCUGGACUACGAGAGGAGAAACUCGUAUUUGAUCAACCUUUUGGCUGUAGACGGUGCCAGCGAUGUAUCGAAAAGGUUACAGGCCAGGGCAACAGUAGCCGUGGACGUUCUCGAUGUUCAGGAUCAGCCGCCCGUGUUUCUGAACGCGCCGUACAGCGCGGCACUUCCAGAGAACACGCCAGCUAGUCACACGAUUCUAACAAUCAGAGCGCGAGACGGUGACACGGGUGAACCUAGAGUUCUCCUAUUAACUCUCGAAGACGAGGAAUCAGGCCACUUUGAUCUCGACGUAUCGAGAGAGGGUGACGUGACAGUAGGAAAACUGGUUACCACCAACAUUUCCCUCGAUCGAGAGGAUCCUAGAAUCCUACAAAAUGGUGGGAUUUAUACGUUCCAAGUGAAAGCUACGGAAUUAAUCAAUAACGAGAUCCCAGCAGACACUGCAACCUCGAUUGUCACGAUAGUCGUUACAGAUGUUGACGAUUUGAUGCCUGUGUUUAACGAGAAGUACUUUAAUAUAAAAAUUUCAGAAGACAUAGGUAAAGGUACACCUUUACCGGGAUUAAAUAUGAUAGUGAGUGACGGAGAUGUUGGAGAGAAUGCGAAGUACAGAUUGGCUCUUAGAGAUGCGCCGGAUUAUCCUGGAAUUAGCAAGGCUUUCAUUGUUAGUCCCGAAGAAGCUCAAGGGCGUGUGCCAGUUGUGGUUAAAGCAAAAGAUGUCAAUGUCUUGGAUUAUGAUGUGGAUGACCUCGCUAAAAGGCAACUCGAGUUCGAAGUUGUUGCACUGGUUGCAAAUGAAGUGGUGGCCGCAAGUAGAGUUCACGUAGAGUUAAUGGACGCCAACGAUCACAGUCCAGAAUUUUCUCAAUCGGUGUACAAACUAUCUGUGCCAGAAGACGCGGAAAUAGGCACACGAUUCGGCGAUGUGUUCGCAAGAGACUACGACAGUGGUUCUUUUGGUGAAUUGACUUACACUCUACGUGGUUUCGGAUCUGACAAAUUCGAAACUAAUCUAAAAACAGGUGGAGUAUCGGUAGCAAAACCAUUGGACUACGAAGCUCAGAAAUCGUAUUCAUUGACGAUGGAAGCUAAAGAUGGAGGUGGAAGAGUAUCUGCUGUGAAUAUUUUGAUAGAAUUGGAUGAUGUUAAUGACAAUAAGCCAGUAUUUGAACAAAACGAAUAUACCAGAACUGUCCGCGAAGGAGCAACAAGUUUCGAUCCACAGAUGUUUGUUAGAGCCACUGACGUCGAUGGCCCAGCACAGGGAAAUGGGAAAGUAACGUACUCCAUCAGUUCGCACAACAGUAUGACGAACGGUGUUUUCAAGAUAAAUUCAGAGACCGGAGAAGUGACAAUGGCGAAAGCAGUGCGUUCAGACGACACAGAAAGAGGAAUUUACGAAUUAAUAAUUCGUGCUACGGAUGCUGGAACGCCGCCAUUAUAUUCCGAAGCAAAAUUAUCAGUCAGGGUCGGAGUACCUGGAAACCAAAAACCCAUCUUCCGAGGAAAUUACAAAUCUAAUGUACCAGGACCUAGCACUUACCGAGCAAGAUUGUUGGAGAACGCUUCGCCAGGAACGGAAGUCAUUAGAGUCGUAGCAAACGAUCCUGACGGAAGAGACAACUUGUUGCAGUAUCACAUUGCUUCCGGUGCUAAAGAUAAUUUUGUCAUAGACUCUAGUUCCGGUGUUAUCACGGUCUCACCGGAUGCUCGUUUGGAUUUGGAAACCGGAGGAGAAAAGUACGAAGUAAUAGUUUACGCCAUAGACUCUGGCACACCACUUAGGGAAACCGCUACGACAACUGUCACAGUGAAUAUGGUAGACGUGAACAACAAACCACCGAUGUUCAACGAGUCGACGUAUCUCGUUUACGUAUCGGAAAGAGCAUCUAUUGGUGAACCAGUAUUGAAAGUAGUAGCAACAGACCCAGACUCAGACGCUUAUUUGGAAUAUUCUUUAGUAGAACCCAUCAGGGCUGUCGACAAAACUGGCGUGGCUCUGAAGAGCACAACUUCCUAUGAUUACAAAACAGCGUUUCGAAUAAAUUCCAUGACUGGUUUAAUUACAGUAAAUCGUGUGUUAGAUUAUCAAGUGGCUGCAGUAGUCAUUUUGACGGUUCAGGUGCAAGAUUUGAACGCCGUCGUUGAUAAAGAGAAACAGAUUACGAAUGUCGAGGUGACGAUUUAUAUCCAAGCUUACAGCGACGACAAUCCAACGUUUACGAAUCCAGGAUGGUCGCCUAAUAACCCCACAAUCAAAAUUUCCGUGCCAGAGGAACAACCUCUUGGAACUACUUUGCUAAUGCUAUCAGCUAAAGAACCAACUACUGGUUAUGCUGUUCAAAGGUUUGAAUUGGUGAGGGAAGAUGAUGAUGAAGGGUAUGUGAAUGUGGGUGUUCAAAGCGGAAAUGUUGUUUUGAGCAAGCGGCUGGACUAUGAAGCUCUGAAUCAAAAGUUCAUUCGAUUUAAAGUACGAGCGUUAGCAAGAGAUUACGAGAUAACAAGAAAAAUGUCGGAAGCCAACUUGAUAGUCGAAGUGCAAGACAUGAAUGACAACAGUCCUAUCUUUACUCAAAAGGAUUACAAAAUUUCUGUAUUAGAAUCGGUAAAACCUCCAAAGAUUGUAUUGAACGUCAGAGCUACGGACAUGGAUAGCUCCAGCACGGAACAGGAAGUUAAGAGAGGAUACGGUGAAGUGAGAUACUCUUUGGUUGGGGAAAACGCUAAUAUGUUUGAGGUGGAACCAAUAACUGGUAACAUUCAGAUUGCUACCAAUACAACACUUGACAGAGAAAAACAGUCGGUUCUCCGUUUUUACGUCGUUGCAUCAGACAUGCCUCAAGGUGGAGCAGAACAGAGAAGCACUAGAGCUUUGGUGACCGUAGAUGUUUUAGAUGUCAAUGAUAACGCUCCAAAUUUUGAGCAAGAAUCUUAUACAGCUGUAAUACCUGAGAAUGCUUCAUCAGGUGUCAGUGUAGUGAAUAUUACUGCCACAGAUCCAGACGAAGGCAAUGGCGGAAUAAUCAAUUAUGAAAUCAUUGAUGAGGGCGAAGCAAGUGGACUGUUCAAAAUAAACCACACAACCGGCGAAAUUUAUUCAGCUCGAGAAUUGACAGGCAAAGGAAGGACAGAGCCAUACAUAAUGAGAAUCAGAGCUCAAGAUGGCGGCGUGCCAGAACUCUAUUCCGACGUAAUUCUGACACUUUACAUCGGUGAUGUAGUCAGCAAUGAUGGCGUACCUCUUUUCAUCAGACCCACCCUCGAAGAAAUAGCUCACAUAGCUGAAAACUCAACCAUUGGCAGUCCAGUGUUCCAAGUCGUAGCUUCAGAUCCCGAUGAUCCAAAUUUACCAAACGGAAAGAUCACUUUCAAAUUUCUAGAAGAUGGAAACUUCGGCAAAGACGCUAGUGCCUUCAAAAUAAACAGCGAAACUGGUCUAAUUACUACCAGAAAAUUACUAGAUCGAGAAACAAAGGAUAGUUAUACCUUGAUAUUAGUUGCUCAAGACUUGGGAAGUCCUCCUCAGCAGGCAACUAGAGUUCUUCAAGUUCUAGUGAAUGAUAUCGACGAUCAUAAGCCUCAUUUUAAAAGAAACUUAGACAGUUCACCUAUAGAACUGACAAUAUUCGAAGAAGAACCAAUUGGAACAAAAGUUGGCGUGAUCGAGGCGAUUGACGAAGACAUCGGAGAAAAUGGAAUGAUCGACUAUUCAAUUAUCUAUGGAAACGAAGCUAGGCUGUUUAUUGUAGAAAGACUCGAAAACAAUUCGGCAGUGAUCAAAUCAAACGGUCGACUCGAUAGAGAGACAGCUGAUCGUCAUUUGCUAACGAUUAAAUGUUUCCCCUUUUCCACAAAGAAGAGUGACAUCGUUCCAAAACCUUACAAUCGACAAGAUCCUUCUGAAAGACAAAUUCUUGUCAAUAUUUUGGAUAUCGACGAUAAUAAGCCAAAGUUUAAAAAGGAGAAUGUUACAUUGGGUGUCCGUCUAAAUGUUCCAAUAGACACGAGUCUCAUCACUCUGGAAGCUUUCGAUGCUGACUCUGACGCUCUUCCAAUUAAUUACAGCACGGGCAAAGCUUCUUUUACUUCCCUCGUUGAUCCUUCUAUGUCUAAACGAGAGAUUCCCUCGCAUUUGUCUUUGAAUCCUCAAACUGGAGAACUCAGAACGACUGGUUCCAUGACCAGUUACGCAGAUGGUUACAUGGAAAUCAUUGUCUCGGCCAAUAACUCGGUUACACCAGGCAGAGAGACGAAUAUCACAUUAAGGAUAUUUCUGCUGCGUGACAGAGACAUGUUGAAGUUUGUGUUUUCGAAGCCACCUGUAGAGGUCAGAAAGACUCUGGAGGAUUUUGAGAAAUCUGUGCAACAAGCUCUGUCUUUACCGAUAACUGUCAAUGUUUACGAUACGCAGUUUUAUUCGAAGGAAGACAACUCUUUGGAUUUCUCUUCGACCAGUUCCUGUUUUCAAAUGGUUGGAAAGGAAGCAUAUGAUUUGGACGAAAUGAAAGCUCUUCUAACUGAUCCAAAAAACGAAGAAUUGAAGAAAGUUUAUAGGACGUAUCAUGUGGAGAAGGUGCAACAUUGCGCUGCCAUGGUAGCUAGAGCUGACGCCUCGAUGACGCAGAUGUGGGUGCUUGCCAUCGCGGUUCUUGUUGGCAUUGCUACGGUAAUUUCUAGUUGUGCGCUUUGCUGCAUGCACGCCAAGUACAAACGACAAGUAAAACACGCCCGUUUGCGUGAUCAGCCUCGGCCGCCAUUAAGUUACGUCUCUUCCGGUCCAGGGAUGGUCAGUGCCACGUCACAUACAACGCUGGGACCUGGUACCAUGGUUUCUCUAGGACCACACGAAGGUCCUUACGAAUGGGGAGCGGAUACAACUCUCUAUCAUCCGAGUACUCUCGGUUCUAGGACGUAAACGAGUAGACGAUGACUGAACAGCAUAAAGAUUUUCAUUCUUCUGUACAGAAAACGCCUUGAGAAAGAUCUUUUUAGCUCAGAACCGAGAUUUACUUAACGA